AAACUUCUGAAACUAGAAAUAUGUGUUAAAAAAAAAUAAGUUUUUGUAGUUGCAAUUUAUGUAGUUACUAUAGACUUAAUGCAUGCAUAUUAUUAAAAUUUGGGAUAUAAUGGUUGUAUUGAUGUAUAGCAACUUGAAAUACGCUCUGGCUGACUUGGUUCUAUGGUAGGUCUUAAAGGGUUAAUAUAGAACGUUCUUGUACAUUUAUUCAAAUUAUCAUCUUGAAUUUAUUUAUUUAUUCAUUUGCUCAGUGCAUGUCUCAAUGAUUUAAUCACAAGAAUAUUUCUCCCCCCUUUUAUUGCACUUGAUAAAUAUGAAAACAAAACACAAAAAUUCUUUUUAACUUUCUGUGUAACCUGCAUAGUCACAAGUGAGUGUAUGUUCAAUCAUAGCUUCUGCAUCAAUAAAAACUGAUCUCAAAUGAAAUGUAUUAUAGGCCCUGCCCAUACCCUGCUGUCUGCUCUGAUAGGUUAUUUACAGUACUGCAUGUCAAUAAGAAGAAAUUGCAAUGCCAUGAAACCUAAUGACUUGGCUGAGCAAAGGGGAAAAGCAGAUAAUAGUUAUGUCUUCACUUGUACAAGCCAAUUUGCUCUUGUUCCUUUUGUUGUAUUGUUACUUUUCUUUUACUGCAGCCUCUUCUCUGUCUUCGUCCUCCUGUCAGUCACUUGGACAGUUUUAUCUAAAUAGCAUGCAAAAGAGUGGAGAUCUGAUUCUGGGAGGACUGUUUGAAGUUCACUUCUUUUCAGUGCUCCCUAACCUGUCAUUUACCUCAGAGCCACAACAGCCUACUUGCCAUGGUUUUGAUGUUCUAGGAUUUAGGCAGGCACAAACCAUGGCCUUUGCUAUUGAUGAAAUCAACAGAAACCCCAACCUACUGCCUAAUGUGACUCUGGGAUUCACUCUUUAUGAUAACUGCGUUGAACUUGGAAUUGGAUUCCGAGCUGCAUUGUCAUUAGCCAGUGGUCAGGAGGAGCAAAUUGUAUUACAUAAUACAUGUGUUGGAAAUCCUCCAGUCAUAGGGAUUGUGGGUGAUUCAUCCUCUACACGUUCAAUUGCCAUCUCCACUGUCUUAGGUUUGUACAGCGUACCUAUGGUGAGUUAUUUUGCCACAUGUUCCUGUCUGAGUGACCGUAAAAAGUAUCCAUCCUUCUUUAGGACAAUCCCAAGUGAUGCUUUCCAGAUUCUAAAACAUUUCGACUGGACUUGGGCAGGUCUGCUUGUCAGUGAUGAUGAUUAUGGACUUUAUGCAGCCAGAUCCUUCCAGUCUGAGCUAAGUCAGUCUGGUGAAGGUUGCCUGGCUUUCAUUGAAAUUUUGUCCUUGCACAAAGAAACAGAUGAACUCAGGAGGAUUGUGAAUGUGAUGAAAAAAUCCACAGCUCAAGUUGUCAUUGUCUUUGCACAUGAGAGUCACAUGAUACACCUUAUGGAAGAGGUGGUGAGGCAAAAUGUAACAGACCUACAGUGGCUGGCCAGUGAAGCCUGGACAGCUGCUGUUGUGCUCCAAACACCUCAGCUUAUGCCAUACCUGGGUGGUACACUGGGCAUCGCUAUUCGUCGAGGAGAAAUACCAGGGCUCAGGGAAUUCCUCUUACAAAUACGUCCUGACUUGCAUCACAACAAUAGCUAUGGAAAUAGCAUGGUGCAUCAAUUUUGGGAAUUCACAUUUCAGUGCAGAUUUGAACCAGCUCCAGCAGGCUGGGUGGAAGGUGGUGGUACACUAUGCACUGGACAGGAAGAUUUGGAAAAUGUGAACACUGAGUUCUUGGACAUUUCCGACCUCCGGCCUGAGUAUAAUGUGUACAAAGCUGUUUAUGCUCUGGCAUAUUCCCUUGAUGAUGUGCUGCGAUGCAAGCCAGGAAGAGGGCCUUUCAGAGGGAACAGCUGUGCCACGUUACAAACACUGGAGCCAUGGCAGCCACCUCGGUCAGUAUGCAGUGAGAACUGUCCUCCUGGUACCCACAUGGUGAGACGGAAGGGGGAACCCAAAUGCUGUUUUGACUGUAUCCCUUGUUCUGAGGGAAAAAUAAACAAUAAGAGCAAUUCCUUGGAGUGCACCAGUUGUCCAGACGAUUUUUGGUCAAACCAGCAGCGUGACCACUGUGUUCCCAAGAAGACAGAGUUUCUCUCUUACCAUGAGCCUCUGGGAUUUUGUUUAACAACAACCUCUUUGCUGGGAACAAUUAUAUGUGCUGUUGUUAUAGGGAUCUUUUUCUACCAUCGCAGAACACCUAUAGUACUUGCCAACAAUUCGGAACUUAGUUUCCAGCUAUUGCUGUCACUUAAGUUAUGUUUCCUUUGUUCAUUGCUGUUCAUCGGACGACCCAGGAUGUGGACAUGCCAACUCAGGCAUGCAGCAUUUGGGAUCAGCUUUGUGCUGUGUGUCUCAUGCAUCCUGGUAAAAACCAUGGUUGUUCUGGCUGUGUUCAAAGCCUCCAAGCCAGGAGGGGGAGCCAGUCUGAAGUGGUUUGGUGCUAUGCAGCAGAGAGGAACAAUUUUGUUUCUUACUUGUAUUCAAGCAGUCAUCUGCACUACCUGGCUUGUUUCUGCUUCUCCUACUCCACAUAAAAACACCCAAUACCACAAUGAUAAGAUCAUUUAUGAGUGUUCAAUUGGGUCUAGUGUUGGUUUUGGAGUGUUAUUGGGCUAUAUUGGUAUACUGGCUUUCCUCAGUUUUUUAAUUGCUUUCCUGGCAAGGAAUCUCCCUGAUAGUUUUAAUGAGGCCAAGCUCAUCACAUUCAGCAUGCUGAUCUUCUGUGCUGUGUGGGUGGCCUUUGUUCCUGCUUAUAUCAGCUCACCUGGAAACCAUGCAGAUGCGGUGGAGGUAUUUGCCAUCCUGGCUUCAAGCUUUGGCCUGUUGGUUGCACUGUUUGGACCCAAAUGUUACAUAAUCCUUUUGAGACCAGAGAUGAACACAAAAAAAGUUAUAAUGGGCCGUGGAACUAAAUCGUAAAAAAACGUUUCCAUUUAGAGCAGAAAAAUACAUGUGGAAAAAUAAAUAUAAAUAAUACAUUUAUAUAAAUAUAUUGAAUUAGAAAAUCAUGAAAGUGAGAACAUACAAAGAUAGUUAGUAUUUUUCUUUUAUUUUGUAUGCUAGAGUAUACAAGUAUUAACUAUGUGACAAUACAUUGUUAAAUUUAAGCUUACAUAAUUUAACAUACAUAAUUUAACUAUACCACUAUACACCCUUCUGUCACUCCUCAGUGGAGAGUGUGCUUUCUUAGAGCCUGAGUAUUUGGUAUGCAGGGGCCACUACUCAGAACAGGAAGACUUUACAGAGGGUAAUUAACAUUGUUCAAAAAAAUCACUAGCAGCUCCCUUUCCAAACCCUGGAGGCCAAUGCCAGAUCCUCCUGUCCCAAGAAAACCAGGGCCAUCACAGGUGACCCUUUGCAUCCUGUCCACCUGUUUGACCCACUGGAUAGUCCACACCUCUAGACUCAGAAACAACAUCUUCCCCUGAGACAUUCUGACUGUAAACAAACACUAUUCCUCCACAUCCCACCCCUGGCCACCCACCCACCAAUCUGAGCCAUGGUCUUAGUAACCCUCAUCACUCAGGCCUCUCACAGAUGGACUCUAUACUCAGACAAAAGUCCACUGCACUGCUUUCAGGCACUUUGCAACCUGUCCUCUAAUAUGUGCCUUUCUAUUCUGUGGCUUCCCCCUUUUUUAUAUAUAUUCUCUUGUCUGUUAUUUAUUCUUGCUCUUCUACUAUUUGUAUUUCUAUUCCAUGCACAGUUGGUGCAGAGCACCUACAAUGUCAAUGUACAUGUACAAUGACAAUAAAAGGCUACUUUGCUCUAAAAUUUAAAUAAACUAAAAAUUCAACUUACAUUCAUAAGCCCAGGAUUGACCCAUCAAAGACUCCAAUGGCUUUGGAAAAUAUGAAGGGCAUAAAUUUUGGACUUUUAACUGUAUCUGUAUAAUUUUAUAGAUUUUCCGGCUGAUAAAGACUCCCCCACGGCCACUCAUACUACACCAAAGUAGUUAAGUAAUAGAAAAACAAUUACAUUUCAGAAAAGUUGCCUGCCUUUGGUUAAAAAACAAAGAAAAACAACAACAAGUUUAUAAUUCAACAAAAACUUUUUUAUACAUGUGGGACAGAUCUUUUUCUGUAAUGUUCCACACUUAUAGAAAUAAUGGGAUGUGCUAUUGAAAUUGUACUUCAUCAUCUUCUAUUAAGAUAUCAGGGGGAUUAAAUGUGUAGUUAAAUGGAAGUUUCUCUUGUACGGCCCAUCCAUCCAGCUAUUCUCUUAACUGCUUACCUAACUGAGUGGAGUGUAUCCGCUUUUCGAUGCAUUUUGAUGCUGACGGUGGAUCAAGGAGACCAGCGCUUGUGCUGCAGGCCCGGAUGCACUGUCUACACUGGCUGU